AAUGCUUUGAAGUGUAUGCCUGAUUUUUGCACAAGUCGACAUCGAAUGCACAGCCUGCCGUAGUCACUUAAGUUACAGAGGUCAUGGUGUCAUUUUAGAGGGGGCGGUCGUGGAUAUGUCACGCCAUGUCAUAACAGAUGUGAACAACAGAAAGGAGCGCUACAAUGUAUUGUACAUCAAACCAAUCAGAAUACAUCGCAGAAAAUAUGAUUCAAAAGGAAAUGAGAUUGAACCUAACUUCAGUGAUACCAGGAAGGUCAACACAGGAUACCUGAUGUCAUCCUUCAAAGUGGAGGCUAAGGGUGAAACAGAUUGUCUAAAUGAGCGCCAGUUGAGUGACAUUGUGAAUAAGGACCAGCUGGUUAAGGUAACAGCAAAAUAUUGUCCUAGUCAGGCCUUUGCAUUCUGGAUCUCAGAAGCAGAGAUGGACAGAACAGAGCUCGAGCCAGGCCGAGAAAUCCAUCUUAAAACAAAAGGAGAUGGGCCCUUUAUUUUUUCCUUCGCCAAACUGGAUGGUGGUACUGUGACGAAGUGCAAUUUUGCAGGAGAUGAGAAUGCUGGAGCAUCGUGGACAGAGAAAAUAAUGACUAACAAAGCGGAUCAGGAAAAUACAGGGAAGAGUGGCGGUCAGGGUGAGGGAGCAGACAAUGAAGAAUGGGAUGACUGAAUGACACCCUUGAGCUUCACAGUGCAUCACAGUGCCUUAUCUGUCCUCCAAAUGUAUAUUUACGCCACAAAACAAGACCUCACAGUCAGUAUUCAUACGUUAUCACAUGAAAAUAUCAUAAAUAAACAGCAAAAGUGCCAUUUUAAAAUAAAGACUUUUAUGUAUUUUAAUUUGCUUUUAAGUAUUGUAUGUGUGUAUUAAAGAUAUAUCCUUAAAGUGAUAGUUCACCAAAAAAUGAAAGUUCUGUCAUUAA